UUUAGCGAAGAAAAAAGACUUACAGUUUUGAAUGAAGUAAAAAGUUUGGCAAACCUGGACUCAGAUUUUGUGGUUAAAUACUAUCAGUCAUGGAUUGAAUGCAAUUAUCUCUACAUUCAGAUGGAAUUUUGUUCACUAAAUCUGACAACAAUUCUUAAGAACAAAGCCAUUGUAUUCGGGAGACAACACGAAGAUAAGAUGAAUAGUGUGUUUGAAUAUUUCAUUUCGUGUGAAAUAUUCAAAGAACUGUUAGAAUGCGUUCAAUAUUUACAUGAAUCUAAACCCCCAGUCAUUCAUCGGGAUCUCAAACCCGACAAUAUAUUAAUUGAUCCCAACUUCAGAUCCAAUUGUUUUAUAAAAUUAUGUGACUUUGGUUUAGCCAAAGAGAUCAACACAAAUGUUACUGCGAGUAACUCAGUUGUGGGCACUUCUAGAUAUAUGGCACCCGAAGUAUUUAGUGGUAAAUAUAACCACAAAUCAGAUAUUUAUAGUUUGAAUAUAAUCGGCGGACAAUUGUUUGAUAUCGAUCUACAGCUCGCAAUCAUU